UUGGUGGUAGGGAUUCAGAUAAUGGUUGUCAGUCCAUGUCUGCCUGGAUUGAUUCUAUAUUGAAGACUGGAAACUCAUCUCUUACCCACUCUAGUUUGCAAAAUUUAAGAACCUUGGGUCGGAAUUAUGAUGCAAGUGCAUCUAAAAUUACAGAUGAUGUAAUUUCUGACAGAGAUGCUGCUUCCUCAAACGUGGAGUUAAAGCUUGGACAACCAUAUCAGCCAAGUCAGCCUAUAGGAAACUCUGUUCUACCAGUUAUUGCACCCAAACAUUUUGACACGUUUAUUAAUCCUCCUAAGUCAUGCUAUUCUGAGAAGAUGGUUGGUAGUGCUAUGUUUUGCGGGGAGGAAGAAUCUAGGAAAUAUCUUCAUCAGGAUGCAGACUCUUCUAACCAUACUACAAGAAGACAACGAAGCCUAUUGGACUUUGGUAACCAUGCGUUUGCUGCCAGCAGUCUUGUGGAUGCUACCAAACCUGAAAGCAGAGGUGAUGUCACCAAAAGUUUUGUAGUUCCAUUACUUCCAGUGCUCCCGCUGGAAGGGAGUGCAUGCUCUAAAGGUACUAAUAAUAUGGUCAGUGAAUGUAGUACGCCAAUGAUAUUUCAUUGUGGAUCUAAUACUACCAACUUUGACCCACUAAAUGCUCCCAUGAAAAAUGGAAAUUGUUCAGGGAGGCAGUUGAAUAUGCCUGAGUUAGGUUUCUGCAGAUUAACAGAAAAAGGAAAAGGUGCAGGAUUGGGAUGUGUUCCUGUUGGCUUUUCUGAUGCAAUAGAUCCAGCAUUUAGAGUCCAUAAGGAGGUGGAAAGUUCUAGGAAUGUCACUGGUGUGGUGCCUGGAUUUUCAGCAGUGCUCGACAUGAGUUCCUGUCAAUCGUCUAAUAAUCCUUAUGGCAGAUUUGAUGAGAGAAGCUGUCUCAACCUUCCUGGGAACUCGUCCUUUGAUGGAAAUAAUGCACAUACUGAUAAAACUUUUCUCACAAUGAGUUCAUAUUUGGGCUCUCAACAUAUUUCACAAUCUUCUGCCGUUUCAACUUCUACCCCCUCAAAACGAGAAGGCCCUUGUUUGCUUGAUGAUGGUCUGAGACAGCUUGCAUUGAGGCAGAUUUCAGAGUUGUCAAAGCAACAUGCAAUUUCUUCAGUUGGAAUGAGCGAGCUAGGGAGAUUGGAUAGAAUUUCUAAUCCAAAUGUACUGCAUUCUCUUCUUGGAUUACCAAAUUCUAGAGAAGGAAAGCAUGGAUCUAUUAUUCCCUGCAGGCAAGAUGCUUUUGAAGUUGCUUCACUCUCAUUUCCAUCUGCUGUUGAGAAAUCAAUCUCCAUGACAGGGUUAAACAACCGCUGUGAUUUCUCAAGAUUGACACAAGGUCUUCAUCAUUCUCCAUGUCAAUUCUCUAAUGACCAUUUUUGUGAUCAGUCUACAUUGAGGUUCAUCAGAGGUGAGAACAUCACACAUUCGAGUGGGCAUGCAAAAUGCUGUCAGAGAGUACCUUGUAUUUAUACUUGGGGGGAUUGCAUCUGCUCAGCCCAUGCAAAGUGUAGGUUUGAAGGAUCUCAUGUUGCCUCUAAGGAACAAGCAGGUUAUGUUGUGAAGCAGCUAUUCCAGCUGCUUCUGAAUUUAUUAAAGAUCAUAUUAUUCCGAAUGAAAGAACUAUAUUACUAGAUCCAGGAGGAAAAGUGAAUGGGCAACUUCCUAAGA